CAGUAUGUAGACAGCAGGGGAAAAUACAUCAAUGAGGAGUCUGCACAUGCGCAGUACGCUUACCCCCUCGCGUACGUGACCGGGCUAAGCAACUUAGCAUUGUAGCUUCCUCCUCCACAAUCUGACCGGUUUGUGUCACUGGCUGUCCCGCAACAUGUUCAGAGCCGCCGUCCGACUCUCGGUCUCCGGUGUCCGGAGUUUGACCCGCACACAACCACAGUGUCAAGCUGUUUUGACCUCAAGGUGUUAUUCACAUGGGAAGCAAGAGACAGAUGAGGAGUUUGACGCCCGCUGGAUCACCUAUUUUAACAAGCCAGACAUUGAUGCAUGGGAGCUGAGGAAAGGGAUGAACACACUUAUUGGUUAUGAUCUGGUACCUGAGCCAAAGAUUCUUGAUGCAGCACUGAGAGCCUGUCGGAGGUUAAACGACCUGGCCAGCGCCAUCAGGAUUUUGGAAGCUGUGAAGGACAAAUCUGGUCCUCAUAAAGAAAUCUACCCAUACCUGAUUCAAGAGCUGAAGCCAACAUUAGAGGAACUUGGUAUUUCUACACCUGAAGAGCUGGGAAUUGACAAAGUGUAGAUAAAUCCAACUAUGGUUGACAUCCCCAGGACAGAGACACCUUGUACUUUAAUGUUUGCCUCAUCUAAUACGUGUGAUAUUUAAUUUGGCCUUUAUUAAGUUCUUUUGCUUGUAAAAUAUUGAUGAACCUAAUAAAGGAAAAUGUAUGCUUAUGAAAGUCACAAGUAUUUUGGGAUAUUUUAAACUGUAACAAGUGCUUACUGCAGCAAUAGAGCAGGGUGUGACUUCACGGUGCAUGUUGUCCGAGUGUCUGGAACCUUUUUUGUGUGAGCCUCAUUUCACCACAAGGGAGCAGCGUUUUCAUGUGAAUGUACAACCCAUUCUUCAGUUUUCAAUCAACAUUACAUCUGUUAUCAUUUCAGGGAAAUUUUUCAUGCUGAUGAAUAAACUUUUACAAAUGGAAAACGGUGUACGUUGUUAUCAAAACAAAACUGGAAUCCUGCCAAAAAUGAUAGUAAAUUAAUGUGUAAUCAAGGAUUAGGAUGCUUGCAGUUCUGUCUGGACUUUACUGGAUUUUGUUUUUCAAUGUGAUGUAUUUUAUGGAUGACAUGGAAACUGUAUUUAUGUUAAAUUUGACAUUUCAUUAAAAAAAAUGAAUCAUA